AUUCGGGGUGCCUGCUGGAGAAGAGAGAUAUGGAUGUUCGGCCGGCUCUAUGUGCUGACCCGCAGAAGGAGAGAGUGGGUGCUGGUGAGAGGUGCAUAAAUGAUCUAGAUACCCUGGUGGACAGCCUGAUGGGCAAGCUGCUUAUGGAGGUGGUGAAUGAGGCCAAGGAGGUGAGGACGAAAUAUCGUGGGAGGAGGUCGACGCUCAAGAAGGAGAACCAUAUUCAGAAACCUCAAGCCCUGGGAACGGGUGAUGGCAGUCCCGCGAAGCAAAGCCUCAACCCAAACCUAAGGCCAAGCCCCCCUUGUUUAAGUGAUCAGUGGCGCUGUUCCCUGGCCUCAGCGGCCCAGCCCAGGGUGCGAGUGGAGCCCCAUGACCCGGGUGUGGUGUCCAGGCUGGUGGCGGAGUCAGUGGAGGCUCUGUGGUGUCAGACUGGGGGCUGUGUGUCCGACAGCUGUGACGCACCUGCUUACCUGGCCAGUGAAGAGAGCCGUAGAGCAUACAGACAGGUAAUUUUCGAUCUGACUUCGGAUAUAUAUCACAAAGCUCUGAGGUGUCACUGGGGGACCAGCACAUCGCCAUGGGAACUCAAGGAGACAUCUUCAGUUUCACCUGUCUGGUCAAGCAGAACAUCUCUUAGCGAUGUCAAGGCCGCGGUCCUGGCGGAGGUUCGGAGAGAGCUGAAUUUGGAGCGGACGGAUGUGCAGACGCGAGAGAUGAUGCAGAACCUGUCCAAGUACAGGACCGCACACAGGGACAGGGUGGACUAUGUUCUGAUCCAAGAGCUCCACAAGGAAGAGCAGCAGUGGGUGGACUACAGCCUUGACCAGCUCAGUGUCAAGAUGCAGCUCACCGAGGACCUUUUUGACAUCCUCAUGCAGGACACUAUUUCAGUUCUUAAUCACAUUUAUACAGCGCCAUCCGGUGACAGUCCUCCAGCCUUGCAGCCCUCACAAUCUUCUCUCAUACCUUAGAAUCUCCAGAUGAAAGUGGCAAUCGAUUAUAUUUUUAAUCCGAACAAAUACCAUAUUUGACACAUAUUCCCACUGGCAUUUCACUAGGAAUGAUCAUUGAGACCAUUUGCGUUGUUUAAUUUAAUUUAUAUAUUUUACAAUUUUAAGUUAGUGGAAGGCAUAAACACAAGAGGAGGAGUUGUCUUUGCUUGCAGUAACUUUACAACAAUGGAAGAAAGUACUAGGUAAAGUGACCAAAGAAAGAAAACCAAUGUGGAUGCGCUCGUAAGGAAAUAUGCUAUGUUAGUGAGGAAGAAAUGCGAGGAGUCUACCUAAUGCACUUAAUGCAUGUAGCUUGCACACUACAGGCCAGGCUACUGGCACAAAUUGAAAAGACUGUGCAGUUCUCUUAACAGUAAGAUACACAAGACUGCUCAAUGACGUCGGUAUGAACCAAUACAUAAUGGUAGAUGCAAUGAUUGUUGCUUGUUUAACACAAACGGUAAUUAGCCUACGUCUUCAUAUUUGUUUUGUAUUUAUAUUACAUUAUUAGCAAAGAGAGAAUUUGUUGCAAAAUAUUGCAUUAAUCAUCAGGGUUAGUAUACCCAUAAUUUGUGCCAGUUGGACUACUGCAGCUAUCAUUUUAACUACUGUCACGUAAUUAAAAUGAAAAGAAUGUUUAAGAUGGUAUGAGCUGCUCGCUCUUGAUUGACACACCCCGAACUGCGGCUCUCUUCCCGCUUUGGCACACUGCGAGUCCCAAAAUUACCAGAGGCGUCUGGAUCAUCUCGAAACACGCCAUGAGCCGCCUGGAAAAUACGGCCCUUCACAUGCAAUGCUUAUCUGGGGAAUCAAAGUUAGUACAGAAUCCAACUGAUAGUGUAGCCAAUCAGAUGGUAAGGGGAAUGAUUGCGUAGCCAGAUGUAGAUGGAUACAAUUUGAUAAAGACAUUAGGGUUAGUACCACAGCUAUUUUUGAUAAAUCCCACAGCCAAUCUCAAAUUUGUUUUAGCUCAUCAUCUCAAAGUGACACAUCUUGCUGUGUUUAUAGUGCAGUUCUCUGUCAUUUCACUGGAGCUCCAGAGGAAAGUCCACCCCCUACUUGCCUACUAACAUCACUGGCUUAUCAACAUCACUUCUAGGAGCAACUUAGUCUCCCUAGGACAUCUGCCGUCCAAGUAGUAACCAAGGCUCCACCUGCACAGGUUUGGCUGUUUGCAAAAGCAGGGUAUAUGUUAAGUUUAUAAAAUGUUUAUAAAAUGUUGUUCCUAUUGUCUUCCUGACCUAACUGUGGCCUUUCCCUUCGAUAAUGUACUGAUAAUCUGUUGCUGUUUGCCAAGCUCUCAGGAAUGAUAUAUGUUUUUCUGAAAUAGUGUUCACUGCUCAAUUAAAUCAUUGCUAAAAUUUACAACCUGAUUAUUUU